CUGGAUUGUCAGGCAUAGGGUAAUGUAUCUUCUUUACUGCCAAUAUUGUGCCACCUUUAAAUGUUAUGUGGAUCUUGUGUUAUGGAAUUGCAUUUUAGUAAAUUGUUUAGGAGUCAAAUUGGGUGUAAUCAACAGAAAAUAUGUGCAACUUGUGAUUGACACUGAUUGAUCUUGAAUUCUUUUUGAAUCAGUGUCUAAUUAUAAUCUUCAGCAACUUUUCGUUGUGAUUUUGCGUUGUUAAAUUGGAUUCCUUUUUUGAUGAGAUGCUAAUGGUUUUAUUUCAGCUACAAUGACAAAAAUCAUUAAGGAGAUGCUCCCCCCCGAUGUGCGCGUUGCAAGAGAUGCCCAGGACCUUAUAAUUGAGUGUUGUGUAGAGUUUAUUAAUCUCAUUUCGUCAGAAUCGAACGAAGUAUGUGGCAGAGAAGAGAGAAGAACAAUUGCACCUGAGCAUGUACUCAAGGCUUUGCAGGAUCUUGGAUUUGGGGAGUAUAUUGAAGAAGUUUACGCUGCAUAUGAACAGCACAAACUCGAGACAGUGGACGCAGUGAGAACCGGGAAAUUGAGCAAUGUAGCUGAAAUGACCGAGGAACAGGCGCUGGCGGAGCAGCAGAGGAUGUUUGCAGAGGCACGCGCAAGGAUGAAUGGAGGCAUUGCAGUUCCGAAGCAACCUGAGCCCGUGCCUCAAGGCCCUCAACCACCCCAACCAAGUUUGAAUACCUAACUUAGGACUUUUUUUUUUCUUUUGUUAAAUUAUAAUUAUGAAGGCAAGCACCCUUUGAUUCUCUAUCCGAAACACCCUUUUUUUUUUUUUUUUGGGUAUAUAAAAAGCUUUUGGGAAAUCCAGUAGAAUCUUACUUCAAUAGAGCGUGUACACUUUGUAUUUAUGUAAUUGAGGAGUUUCUAAAAAGUCUUUUCUGUUUUU